AUGAGACCACCAUCGCCGUCAAUACCAGAGAAGGAAUUUCUCUUCAGCGCAUUAAAGGAAUCCCUGAGGCUCGAUGGACGCUUACCUCUCGAAAUCCGUACGCCGACUUUCAAAUUCGGCGAAGAGCUCGGAUGGGUCGAAUGCUCACUUGGAAAAACGCGAGUCCUCGCACAGGUGGAUGGGAAGAUGGUGAAACCCCAGCCUGAAAGACCUUUCGAGGGCACAAUAACGAUCGUCUCCGAAAUCUCGCCCAUGGCCUCGACUGAAUACGAAAUUGGACGGCCCUCAGACGAAGAAGUCACGAUUACGCGGAUGUUGGAUAAGGUCCUGAGGAGGAGCGAUGCUGUAGAUAAGGAGUCGUUGUGCGUACUGGCUGGACAACGAGUGUGGCACAUAAGCCUCACGCUCCACUUCCUAGCAGAUGCAGGAAAUCUCCUUGAUUGUGCCUGUCUAGCGGGUAUCGUUGCCCUCAAGCACUUCCGGAGACCGGACAUCGAGGUGAUCGGGGACGAAGUAACAGUGCAUGAACCCACUGAACGCGCUCCAGUCCCUCUGGCAAUCCACCACACGCCAUUUUGCUUCACUUUUGCUUUUUUCCCUGAUGCAACAACUCCACCAGUCGUCGAUCCAUCACACUUGGAGCAACGGCUAAGUGCUGGAUUGGUUUCGAUCGCUCUCAAUGCUCAAAAGGAAAUCUGUGUCCUGCAAAAGUUGGGUGGAGUGCCGCUCGGUACAGACGAUAUCCUACGACUUGUGGACGUUGCUGUCGGGAAAGCAAAAGAGAUGCACAAUCUUGUGGAGGCGCAGUUGCGGGAAGAUUGGGCAGGGCGGAAGGUAGAGGUUAGAUAG